AUGCCCCCCCUCCCCCCGCCAAAAGCCCUCCUCUUCGACAUCGGCGGCGUCGUCUCCCCCUUCCAAGCCAUCCUCGACUAUGAACUCGCCCACGCCAUCCCCCCGGGCUGGGUCAACUUCAGCAUCCAGCGCGCCGCGCCCACGGGCGCCUGGCAGCGCCUCGAGCGCGGCGAGGCCGUCCUCGACGCCACCUUUUUCGCGGCCUUCAAGUCCGAGCUCGAGAACCCCGCGCUAUGGGACGAGUUCUGGCUCCAGCAAUCGAAACUCGGAAAAGUCCACGGCGCGAAACCCCCCACCCCCUCCAUCGCCGCCCGCGACAUGUUCUGGGAAAUGAUGCGCGUCAGCCGGCGGCCGGACCCGUGGAUGUAUCCCGCGCUGAAGGCGCUGCGCGCGUUGGGGAAGUUCGUCAUGGGCGCGUUGAGUAAUACGAUACCGUUCCACGAGGGCGUGCAUGCGGGGGAUAGCACGGCGAUACGGGAUCGGUUCGAUGUGUUUAUUAGCUCGGCGCACGUGGGGCUGCGGAAGCCGGAUGCGCGGAUUUAUGAGCUGGCGCUGAGCGAGUUGGAUAGGGAGAGUAGGCGGAGGGGGUUGGGCCCGGUGGGGAUGGGGGACGUGCUAUUUUUGGAUGAUAUUGGGAGCAAUCUGAAGGGGGCGAGGGCGUGUGGCAUGAGGACGUUGAGGGUGGUGCUGGGGGAAACAGAGCGGGCGGUUAGGGAGUUGGAGGGGUUGACGGGGGUGAGGCUAGUUGAGGAGAGGGCGAAGUUGUAG